GGAAGUUUCACCGAUGGACCUGCCGUGGUUUAGCGUUACCGCCGCGGGCACGCGCUGAGCGGCCAAGUAAAUCUCAAGGAACAACAGCGGAAAUACUACUUUGCUGUUUACGUUUAGAUCAGAUCAUGUUCGAGUCUCCGCACAAAUCGAUAAAUACUCGGUCCGAGAGCCAGGAGGAACUUCACGAGACGCAACCGGUGUCUUCCAUUACUGAGGGCAGUCGCGCGAAGAAGAAAAAGAAAAAGAGGAAACAGCAACAGGAGAAGCCCGCGGGCUCUGCCCCGCUGAUCCGCUCCGAGGAUUCUCCUCAGCGUGCUGAGCGGCAGAUAGAAAAGCGGUGUAUCGACUAUAACUCGGACGAGCCUAUCGUUAGGGGCAUAUUUCAGAUUGGUAAAAAGAGUCACGACGUGUUGCUGACUCCUAGAAGAGUGACGUGGACGCCUAUCCAGCCCGAGACCCCUACAGGGGAGUCGGGCGUGGCGCCGAGGGAGGAAGGUGUGGACGUGAAGGACGUGUUUGCCGUCAAGGUGAAGCGGCGACGCUCCGCCGGCCAGCACACUGGAGGCACCCUGCUGGGCAUCACGCUGUUCCGCUGCCGGAGGAAGGGGCUCAAGCUGAAGGACCAGGCCGUCCACCUCAGCAACAUGAGCGAGGACCACUGUGAGGUCUGGUUCAAGCACCUCAAGGAGCUGCUCUCCGCUGAGGGUCAUACGUAG